CUUCUCCCUCUCUGGCUCUCUCACUCUCGCUAUCGCUCUCUCGCCGCCCUCGCUCGCGGAUCGCCCUCGCCCUCGCUCUAGCCUCUCGCUUGUUGCCUCGCCCUCGCCUCUGGCUUGCUCGCUCGCGGCUCGCCCUCGCCCUCGCCUCUCGGUCGGUAGCUAGGGAGGUCGCAUCUGUGGCUACUAGAUCUGGCUCUCUAACUCUUGCUCUCGCUGGGUGACUGGGUCGUUCGCCUUUCUGCAUUGCCAUUGGGACACUUUGGUUCAAUCUUUUGAGGCAGGCAGUGGCCACUGGCCAGUAGGCAUCCCUUCAUACUCUAGAGACCAACAGACUAGAGGUUUAACCCUCAAUCAAUAACUGGAUUACAUAUUGGGACAAUCAGUCAGAUAAACAGAGAGCAAUCAUGGAUGUUGAUUCACAACCAACUAUGGAGGAAACUAUUUUGGUUGGUGAUGAUCUUAUGAUGGGGCCACCAUCACCUGUCAUUCCUCCAGAAAUUGCUUCUCAUGUAUUGGAAGGCGUUGAUUUAUGUGAUGGAUUAUUGAGAAAUUUAUUUUUGUGCUUGCAGAUCAAUGAUAUUGAACCAUUUUGUCAGGAUGAGAUUGCUGUAUACAGGCAGUGUGCAGAGAAAAGGGAUAAACAACUAAGGCAACGGCUUCAAGAUAGUGAGCGCAAAUUGGGGUUAUCCAUGCCUUUAGAUGAAGCAAAAGAAAGAGCUGCUCAGCUAGAAUCAGAAGCAUCAACGUUGGAGAGGCGCUUAAUUCUUGCCAGUGGAAUUGAAGGCAUGGAAGGAUUUCGUCAAAGAUGGAGUUUGCAUGGUCGCUUCACAGACACCAAGAGAAGGUUGGAGGCUUUGAAGGAUGGAAUCGAUAAUAGAAAAAAAGAUGAACCAGCAGGAGAUUCAACCAAAAAAAGAUGGUCUUUUUGGUGAAACGCCAUGCUUAGUGGGACAGCUGCUACUUGGUGACGGUGAAUGUUAAAGAGCUGGGGUGCACUAAUAAUCUGGUGCAGCAUAUUGAACUCAACGGGAUGCAUAAAUAUUGUAAUAGUUUUGCUGCAUUCUUUCUAUAGCGGCAAAUAUAGGUAUAAGUUAAAUCCCAUGUUACAUUCUUAUAAGUUGUCCAAAUGUUGUUUUGAGUAUAAAAGUUUUGAUUUGAGCUCAGUUUUAUUUUA